UUGUACAGUUUUCAACCUAAACGGUGGGUGGGGUGCGUGUGCGCUUUUUGCUCGUAGUUCGUAGACGAUCCGGUACCGGGAUAUAUCCUUAUUGUGCUUUAUAGUUUAUUCUGUUCAUAACUCUUCGGUCUCUCUCCCGGCAAACGUGUUUGCAACGGUUUUCUAAUUUAUUGCUUUACCAUUCUUGUAACAAAGCGUUAAGAUUUGGUAUAAUAAUAAUAUGAAUAUGCCAUUAUGAUGUUUAAAAAGACUAUAGUUUGUUUAACUGAUAAAUGUCUUGUUUCAUUUUACAAAAAAGUGUAACACUUAAUUUGGAAAGAUUAGUUAAAAUAUUCCUAAUUUAGCAGUAUGAAUAUCAAUGACCUAGUGUUUAAUUAUUUUUUUCUUAACUUAAUUUAUUACGUUGCGGAAGCUGCAGAAGAAAAGUCCGGCAGCGAUUCCUGCUCGCACCGAGUGGCAGCAUGUGAGGCAAAUACAGGCAACAGCAAUCGGGUUAUAUGCGGGACCGAUGGCAGAACCUACCCUUCCAAGUGUCACAUUAUGAAGGUUCAGUGCAAUGGAGAGCCGGUCACUGUAGCUCAUAGAGGCCCUUGCAUUGAUGGUCAAUCGUCUUGCCUCACGGUUCUGCGAUAUGCGUUAAACGCACAGAGCGGGAGACGAGCGGCCUUCGUUCCCAAGUGUCGUGCUGACGGUACAUAUGCUGCAGUGCAGUGUGCAGCUGCCGGUGCGGCUGCUGGCUGUUGGUGCGUCACCCCAGACGGAAAACCCUUACCAGAUACUGCUGUAAGGAAUGGAAGGCCGGACUGCACGAGACCUGGUAAGUCUCAAACGAGACGCCGCUCCUCAGUUCGAGGUCAACGCAAUAAACGAAGUUGCACGCGCGCAGAUCGGGCCCAGUUCAAUGGGAAUCUUAUAAAAAUAUUUAGCGGGGAGUUUGAAAGAGCCCGUUCAGAGCAAGGUGGGGAGGCCGCGGACCCACGCUCUGUGGCCGAUUGGAAAUUCAGAGAACUUGACCGAGAUAGAAGCGGCACGCUACAGAAAUCUGAAUAUCGGGGGCUGAGGAGGCUUAUCAAAAAGGUGGUGAAACCGAAGCGAUGCGCACGCGCAUGGGCACGCGGUUGUGACGGUGACGGCGACGGCGAGAUAGCGCGCGCGGAGUGGGCCGGCUGCUUGCUGUCCAACCCCGAACCACCAGCACCGGACUUCUCUCUCCGUUUCUUCAUGUCGUUGAAUGCAGACGACGACAGCGGUCCGGAGGCCGAGCCUGACUAUGAGGAGGAACCGCCACCCGAUCCUAGUGCAGUUUUACCAGGUAUAAUGCGUAAUUCGUUUGCGCCAGAAGGCUCCGUGGCGAGGGAAGAUGAAGCCAAUGAUUGUCUGACAGAUCGGCAAGCAGUACUGGAUGAACAGAAAGCGGGCAGCGCGGUGCUAUACGUGCCCGAGUGUAUGGGGGACGGGCGGUACGCGCGGGCGCAGUGCUACCGCUCCACUGGGUACUGCUGGUGCGUGCACCAGGACACCGGCAAGCCGAUACCCGGCUCCUCCGUGAAGGACAGGAAGCCCGACUGCGAUACUGCGCCCCAACACGCUAGCCCGAUGAGAGGAUGCCCUGAACCUAUAAAGUCGCACUUCUUACGAGAUUUGAUGAGUUUCUUCAUUUCUAAAAUGACGACAUCUAUCAAUGGAACCGGACCAGGCGAAAUGGUAAAAUGGGGAGCAUCAAAAGAGGAACAAGCAGCCACUUGGACCUACGUAAUGCUGGACAAGGACAAGAACAAAGCCCUCGAGAGACGCGAGUGGAAAUCCUUUCAUCAGCUCAUAUCAUCAGUGGAACAGUUGAGGCGGUGCGGUAGGAAACUGCCGAGAUACUGUGACGUGAACCAUGAUGCCAAAAUCAGUAUUACAGAGUGGAUGGCCUGUUUGGAAGUCACGCAGGCUUCUCACGGAUCUACUACGGAGGCUCCAAAGGUGCCAUCAAACCCACGGAGAAAGGGCCCCAAUCCCUUGGAGUCAAUUCUGAAGGCAGAUGACUGAUUAACGAAUCUCAAACAUUUACUAAAUAUUUAUUUAUGUGUCUAUCACACGGCGUAGUGUCAGUGGUCAAAAAUACCAGUGUAGUGUUAAAAAUGGCCUUUAUUUGUAUAAAAUAAGGAACUAUAACUAAAUUUUGUUCUACAAAACUCGGCGACUGAUCCUAGGAAGUAUUUUAUAAGUUCGGAAAAAUAAUUUAUUGUAGAUAAUUGUAGGCUUUUACUAGUCUCGUUACUAUUGUUUAAAAAUUGUUUCUAAUUAGUUUUAAUACUUAAGUGUCUUCAUUUCUCUAAGUAGAUAUAGCAUAUAAGAAAAGAAAAUAUAACAACGUGGUAUAACUAUAUAAAUGCCCACAUGAAAAUCUAUAAUCACAAUAUACUGUAAUAUUGAACAAGAGAACGAGUUUUAACAAAACAAAAUUUAUGCUUAACAUAUCAACAUACACAAUUUCAUCGAUAUAAUAAUGACUAUACAUCGAAAGCGAUAUUAAUUACACGUAAAACAUUAUAAAAUAUUGUAGAAACAUGCAACUAUUAUUGUAAUACAUUAAUUACCAUGCUUAAUGAAUAAAAUAUUUAUAGAUCUAGCGAGUAUAAAAUGUAAGCACUAUGUGAUAUUUUUCAAUAUUAUCGCUAAAAUAAAUAAUUUAACAAUU